GCGCUGAGGUCCGUUCUCUCUGCAGGGGACCGAGAGAAGGGGGAAAUGGGGCUGGGGGCCGUUCCCGGGAGGCAGGCGGCCUUCCGCGAGGGGCUGGAGCAGGCGGUGCUGUACGCUAAGGCUCUGGGCUGUCCCAGGAUUCACCUGAUGGCCGGCCGAGUACCCCGGGGUGCUGACCGAGCAGCAGUCAGGAGUGAAAUGGAGACAGUUUUUCUGGAGAACCUGAAGCACGCAGCCGGGGUUUUGGCUCGGGAGAACCUCGUGGGACUGCUGGAGCCCAUUAACACCCGCAUCACCGACCCCCAGUACUUCCUGGAUUCGCCCCAGCAGGCGGCAGCCAUCUUACAGAAGGUCGGAAGGCCCAACCUCCAGUUACAAAUGGACAUAUUCCACUGGCAGAUCAUGGAUGGGAAUCUGACAGGAAACAUCCGCGAGUUCCUGCCCAUCGUUGGGCAUGUGCAGGUGGCACAGGUCCCGGGCCGGGGGGACCCUGGCAGCCCUGGAGAGCUGAACUUCUCCUAUCUAUUCCAACUGCUGGAAGACGAAGGCUACAAUGGCUUUGUAGGCUGCGAGUACCAGCCUCAAGGAGACACAGUGGAGGGCUUGAGUUGGCUACGUUCCUACUGGGAUAGGCGGGGCCGCUCACAGGCUGGCCAGUGAGGUCCUGCAGUCCACCCACUUGCCUCUCUGAGACAGUGAAUUGAGCAUCCUGAGUAUCCUCCGGAAUUAAAGACAACUUGCUGAA